AUGGAGUCCAACGUUCAGGCCUUCUCUCUUUUCCCAAACACAGUGCCCAAGAUAGCAAUUCCCAGUCCUCACAAGAAAGCCCCAAGUCUGCAUCGGAUCAGCACGAUUCAACAGACUCCAGAAACCUCGCCGUCGACAAAUGGGGAGACUGUCUUGUUCAAAAUGGAAGAAGAACGUCCACCGGUUCCUCAGCUUCCCUCCUUUACGGGUACAGACCGAAGAGCUACGCCUUCUCCGGAAGAUAUAGGUCGAGCUGUGACAACGACGUCUCCCCUCGACAGCAGGACUCCCACGCAACCGCUGCCCCAGCCUGCUCAAGCCGCGAGUCCUGCUCCACGAUUUCUUCCUUCAGCUGACGCUGCGAGAUAUUCGCCCUCCAUUUAUCAAUCCCCUGAUCUGGCUCAUACAUCACCCGAAGCUUCAUUCUCCCUUGGGUCCACCUCCGCCAGCACUCUUGUGCCAGUGGCUCCGGCAGUGACGAGAGAAAAGACGGGUAACAACAAACCUCCCAUAGACCCGUCGCCAAUCGUGCCUAUCCGCUCCAUGUUCCCAACGUACGACCCUACCUUGCCCUUGCCUCGGCCACCAUAUGCUCCACAGAGACCACUGCCUGCAAGCUUUUCGGGCCGGCCGAGUCUGCUUCCUAUCUCCAGAGACGACUAUCGGAGUAGUCUAUCCAUACCUAUUGCAAUGAGCACACAGAGAACGGCACCAGCGAGCAUCCUCAGUUUUCCCUCGGAUGUCAUGAGCGUGAAUCUGGGACCGCAUAUUUCCACGCAGCGGGAGCUAGAGAAGCUAUGGGAAGCAUCUCAUGGUGCCGAACCCAGCCAGGAAACCCGGAGUUUUGAGCUAGAGAUGGCCCGGACUGAAGAGGCAACCUUCGUCUUUGGCUCUCAUCCCUCGUUGCCGUUUUACACCCUGCAAACCUACGACACCAACGAGAUUGCCAUUUCCAAAACCAAUCCUCGACAACGGUCUUCCAACCACGACGUAGUGCUCUGUCCACUGGAGCCAGUCUCGCGGAGACAGUCACCCAAUGACGGACUUGUCGCUUUCAUCUUCCCCAAGCUCGCGGCGCUGCUGGCCAUCAAUCAAUCCGCCACACUCGCUCGUCAACACAAUCUGGCUCCCACAGACCGAGACGACAUCGAGGCGCAAGCUGUUCGCCGUGCUGCCCAGCAGGAGGCCUGUCAUCUCCGUUACAAUGCUCAGGAAGGUUUCUAUGAGCUGGAGCACCCUGCCAUCGGACGUGAGUCAGUAGGGGCCCAUUUCGCCGUGAAAUCGCCAACGCUGCCUCCCGUACCCGCCGUCCGCUCGCUCGCUGGAAAGCCUGUUCUGCAUAUCACCGUUUCCACAGACGGUCCGUUGCCCAGCAUCAACGUGAUUGACCCCAACUCCGCCCAUCGUACAGGCCUGGCCACUCCAAGGACUUCAAUAGGCGCCGGUCUUCGUCGUCUUUCCACGAUUCCGCAGCCGGAGACAGCAUCAGCAUCCCCGUCCGACAUCCCACCCCUGGCUACACUGGACUUGACGUCCCAAGUCCUCCGUCUCGACGCCAAUGCCAUUCUUGAACUCAUGCCCUCACUCUUUAGCAUCGACUGCAUCGUCUCGGCCCUGCUGGCCGUUGCUAUCUCCGACACCACCACAAACCCUGCAAUCGGAUCGAUGGAAAUCUGGAAACCACGGCCUGCGCCAGCGUCACGGCUUGGAACAACGAGCGGACAGUCUCUGCGCACCAAAACGCGUGCAGGCAGCCUGAAAAGUUACACAGGUAGCGUGUUCUACGCGACCAUUGCGGAACGUGAGGAAGCAGAGGAAGAAGCGAGACUGAUGCGCACAGCUCAUGAGAAGGAUAUCUCCAGUAGACGGGGCAGAUCGUCCAAAGACAAAGGGUCAAGGACGUGGUUUGGGUUCCGCGGUCUUACAAGCGCCGAUGAUGAGAUUGAUGAAGAGAAGACAGCAACAGGCAAGAGAUUGAAGUCGAAAUCGAAAUCAAAGACAAAGAAGGUUGUCGUCACCGAGUUCGACCUGGAGAAACUGGGCCACUAUCAGUCCGGAGACCGGCAGGGCGAGCAAUUACCUGUGGUUACGCGCUCGGCUCUGAGUGUCCUUGUCGGCGGUCUCAAAUUGUUGAUCUGGAUCCUGACGAUGAUCGCGCAGGUUCUUGCGUGGGUCUUGGUCAAUGUUACACGCGCCGUCACGAGUGAGAAGUUCUAA